AUGCUAACCCUAACCUUUCCUCUCGUUCCACAGUUGGCAGUCGGCCUGCCGCCCCACUGGACCAGCUGCACAUUCUCACUUGUCUACUCGACCGCGCGUGACGGCUUCAGCUUGAGCACGCUCUAUCGAAAGGUGCGCUAUGUGCAGGGUGGACAGCUUUUACUGAUCCGAGACACACUGGGCGGUGUAUUCGGCGCCGUCAUGUCUGAGCGCAUGCAUUGCAGCCCCCACUUUUAUGGGACUGGCGAGAGCUGUGUCUUUCAUUGGAAGCCUGACUUCCAGGUUCGAUUCCGUUGUGUGUACUGA